UCGAGGAGCCACAUCAUACGCGGUGGCACAACAGAGUUCCUUCCCAGCAAGGACUUGCGUGGUUUCGUUCGUUUUCGUUUUGUUUUGUGUCAAGGAUUUGUGGCAAGGAUUCUUCUGCAACAAAAACAUUCGGAAUAUUAAAGCAAAAGGGUUACAGAGAUGGCUCCUAAGUGGGCUCUGCUGAUCACGACGCUGGCGCUGACGCAGGCCGCGAAGCUGGAUAACAAAUACCUGCCGCCACCUGCCAGUGCGGCCAGUGCGGGUGGCAGUCCAGGUGCGGGACUGCAGGGGCCAGGAGGUGGCUUCGGUGGAGGCUUUGGCGGCGGUGCUGGCGGCGGAGCGAGAGGAGGCGGCUUCGGCGGCGGACCAGGUGGCGGAGCGGGAGGAGGAGGCUACGGCGGCGGGGGAGGCGGCGGUGCAGGCGGCGGGGCAGGUGGAGCUGGAGGAGGUGGCUUCGGCGGCGGCAAUAACGGCUUGGGUGGCUUUGCCAACGGUCGACCCAUUGCUCCUGGUGGCAGCGCCGCCGGACCAGGCCCUGUUCCCUUUCCCCGACCUAGUGCUCCAACUGGUGGACCUCCCGCCGGCGGACCACCAAUUCCCAUCCUGUCGUUCGUGAACGAGAACGAUGGUGAUGGUAACUACCGCUUCAGCUACGAGACUGGCAAUGGAAUCAAGGCCCAGGAGGAGGGCACCGUGAAAAACAAGGGUUCGGAGAACGAGAUACCUUCUGUGAUGGGUUCCUAUUCCUAUACGAAUCCCGAGGGCGAGCUCGUUGAGAUCAUGUACACGGCGGAUGAGAAUGGCUUUGUCCCUUCUGGCUCUGCUCUUCCAACUCCUCCACCCAUUCCGGAGGCAAUAGCCAAGUCGCUGGCGGCCCAGGGCAUUAACAUUCUGCCAGGAGGUGGCUUCAGUGGCGGUCAUGGAUCUCCUGGAGGACCUGGUGGACCAGGAGGCUUUGGUGGCGGAGGAGGUGGCGGAGGAUCAGGAUACGGAGGCGGUGGCGGUGGAGGACGAGGGGGCGGUCCUGGAGGCCCAGGUGGCCCAGGUGGUCCGGGAGGCUUUGGUGGCGGCGGAAGCGGCGGAGGAGCUGGAUACGGAGGCGGUGGCGGUGGAGGACGAGGCGGCGGGCCAGGAGGUCCAGGUGGUCCAGGAUCUCCAGGAGGACAUGGUGGACCAGGAGGCUUUGGAGGUGGCGGAGGAGCUGGAUACGGAGGUGGCGGAGGACGAGGCGGCGGUCCAGGAGGCCCAGGUGGCCCAGGUGGACCGGGAGGCUUUGGUGGCGGCGGAAGCGGCGGAGGAGCUGGAUACGGAGGUGGCGGAGGACGAGGCGGCGGGCCAGGAGGUCCAGGUGGUCCUGGAUCGCCAGGUGGGCCAGGAGGCUUUGGAGGCGGCGCAGGAGGCGGAGCAGGAGGAGGAGCCGGCGGUGGGGGUGGAUAUGGUGGCGGUGCCGGACGUGGCGGAGCACCAGGCGGACCAGGUGGACCCGGAUCGCCUGGAGGUCCGGGGGGACCAGGUGGCCCAGGAGGAUUUGGUGGCGGCGGAGGAGCAGGCGGUUCAGGCGGUUACGGUGGCGGCGCAGGACGAGGCGGCGCGCCAGGUGGUCCGGGAGGACCGGGAGGUCCCGGCGGUGCAGGGCGUCCCGGAUUCCCUGGUGGCAAUCAGUACGUUCCUCCCCCAGCUGGUGGAGCUCCAGGCGGUCCAGGUGGACCGGGAGGCUUUGGUGGCCCCGGUAGAGGCGGUGCUCCUGGAGGUCCCGGAAGCCCAGGAGGUCCGGGAGGCCCAGGCGGUCCGGGUGGCUAUGGUGCGGGAGGCGGGGCUGGCGGUGCAGGAGGCGGGGCCGGCGGUGCAGGAGGAUACGGCGCAGGUGGCGGCGCAGGCCGAGGCGGGGCGCCAGGUGGUCCCGGAGGUCCAGGUGGCCCAGGAGGCUUUGGUGGUGCCGGAGCAGGAGGUGCUGGCGGAUACGGUGGCGGCGCAGGACGAGGAGGCGCCCCAGGUGCUCCUGGAGGUCCGGGAGGCCCAGGAGGAUUUGGCGGGGCAGGAGGUGCUGGCGGAUAUGGUGGCGGUGCAGGGCGAGGAGGCGCGCCAGGAGGUCCAGGAGGCCCGGGAGGUCCUGGCUCUCCAGGAAGGCCAGGAGGACCCGGAGCACCUGGUGCACCAGGAGCACCAGGAUCACCUGGAUCGCAGUACAUUCCACCAGCGCCAGGAGCACCGGGUGCUGGCCGCGGCAACGGUGAAUUCAACCCUCAGACAGGCUAUAGCUACUAAUCCCAGACGCGAGUCCUAGGAAGCCAACUUCAAAUCUCUCGGAUCGAUGAAAUCUCAGAGCAAUGCAAGCUGCCCAAAAAAUGCUCUUUCUUUUCCCAAAAAAAAAAAACUGGUUAACUUAUUUAUGUAAGCUUCCCUCCUUUUGUUCUACGACAAUGUGUGAGCGUUCUUCUAUCGAAAUAAACGAAUUUUGAAUACAAACCACAAAA